GCUUACACCCAGCAGUGGUAUAAAAGGCAGGCUGUGCAUGUAUACCAGAUCAGACUCAACUCACAGACUGAGAGCAAGCAGCAGCUCAUUGCCACUGAGCAGUUUCAGGACUAAAUCAUAUCUUACAGGACUGAAGCAGAUAUAUUAUAGAAUGAAGCCAAAAAGACUGCUGUUAUCCGUGGCUCCUUUGCCCACAAUAACGGAAACAUACGAGGACGCCUCACAGACGGGAUGCUCCUCACAGUCUAUGGAUGAAUAUGUUGACUCCAUUAAAAAACUGGCUCAGCCUGCAUACGGCCCCGUGCGGGUCGCGCGGUCUCUUAGGCCUCGUCUCUUCUCCAAGCCUCUGGACAAACACUCAGGAAGUAACGGCCCACUUCACUUCUCCUACAGGACCCCACGGGCACGUGUAACCGUGCUGGGUCUAGACGAGCUGACACACAGUUUCAGCAGCCACAGAGACCCAGUGGACUGGCUCUUUGCACAGACACAGCUACCUGCACCUCGCGAUGAGCUGCGUAGGACUGACAGUGCACCCGCUGCCCUGAGGUUACUGUAAUAAACUACACAAUAUGGAACUGUGUUGCACUAGACUGAGAAACGAUUCACUGGAGGAUGCUUGGACAGAGACUUAAUAAUAGCUUAAUUUAUUUGUGUGUGUGUUUUAUAUUUAUGUUUGCUUUAUGCUUUUGAAUAAAAGUUGUUUUGGUAGAGGUA